ACUUUGAUUUGAUACCUUUGAAUCCCACAGUUGUGACAAUCUGUUAUUGCCUAUUCAGUAAAAUCUAUGAGUAUAACCCAACAACUCGAGAUAAAGUGAAGCAGCGUAUAAAAGAUACAUUCAUUUUUUCUGGUCCAUUUCUAUGGGUGGCCGUGCCAGUCGUCUACACUUACUUCACUUUUCGUGAAAUGGGUGACAUACCAUUCGGAUGCCCACCAAAUUACAAUUACACCACACCAGCAGUUCGUUCUGCGUGCAACAUUCGAACUGUAAAUUUAGUAUGUUAUAAAAAACUUGAUGAGCAAACGAGUAGUGAGGAGGCCGCGAGCUCAGAAGGGCGCGGAGAGGGGUACAACUUUUCUUCCGAUAACGAGUAUAGGAAGGCAAUGAUGGAGAUACUUAACACAGAUCAAAAGUUGA